GGACCGCGGCCUCAUGUAAUGAAUACCGUAAUAUCGGAAGUGCAGUGUAAAAAUAUGUGAUACAGGAUAAGCAGAAGGUGGAAAAUGGUGUAACAUUUCACGGGCAAAUUAUAAUGUUUCGGUUGUUGAAGGUAACCAAUAAAGGAACGCACCGCAGCCGAUGAUAACCCUUUGCAACACCCGGUGCAAUUGUACUUGAAAGAUGAGGUGUGCACAACAUCAGUCAGCAUAACAUCAUUACCUGCUGGACAUAAUUGGAACCUACAGGCUGUGUGUGAGCUGCAGUGCGUGAAGAGUGGUCUGACACGCUUUAUAGAUUACUGCUGAUCCGGUGAUAGUGGUGUACCGUGCGUGUGACGUGAAGUUCAUAGUGCAUUUUAGUUCCUGAGCCAACUUGUGGCUGAUUGCACGAGUGGUAUAUACCGGAGUAAGGAAGGAGGGCAGUACACGGUCAAAGUACAGCACGAUGUGCAAAGGCGUAAACAGUAGUUAACAUUACUUUCGUACGGCAGCUAGCAUAAGGGGAAGAAAUUUAUGCUGUUCCAAAGCGGGAACAAAUUGUGAGUGAGUGUUUUUGAGCGAUAUCGCAAUAAGUUGCAGGUUGCAAUACUGGUUGUUCCUAAGAACCGCAAGAACGAAAUAGUGUAAACUGCAUCAACAUGACGUCGCAUUGGGAAGAUUUUUAUGCUACUCACCUACCGCCGAACUGCUUCGAGGAUAAUCGAUCGCUGCUGAAGGAAUUCUGCGACCGACACUACAAACUCAAGAGUCCCAUCGUGCUCGUUACGUCCGGUGGUACAACCGUUCCGUUGGAACACAACACGGUGCGCUUUGUCGAUAACUUUAGUGCCGGCAAUCGGGGUUCCGCUUCGGCCGAGUAUUUUCUUGAGCAUGGGUAUGCCGUUAUAUUUAUGCAUCGAAGCAAAUCACUGGAACCAUUUUCACGCCACUUCACCGGCCAGCAGCUGCUCGACAUGCUGGAACUGCACGAGGAAGGAAUGAGCACCACAAUAACCGUGAAACCCGACUCGGUGGAUGUGCUGGCACCGGUACUGGACAAGUACAAAAAUGCCCAGGAAACGCACCGGAUGCUGUACAUCACCUUCACCAGCGUGGUCGACUACAUGUGGCUGUUGCGUGCGGCCUGCGAAUCGUUGGCACCGUUCGAGCGGAAUGCGGUGCUGUUUUUGGCCGCCGCCGUUUCCGACUUCUACGUGCCGCAGGAUGAGAUGCCAACGCACAAGAUACAGUCCGGGCACGGCGCUCCAACGAUAUCGCUCCAACUCGUGCCAAAGAUGUUGGCUCCGCUCGUGAGCCUCUGGGUGCCCCACGCGUACGUGGUGUCGUUUAAACUGGAAACGGACGAAGCGCUGUUGAUCGCAAAAUCGCGCGAAAGUCUUAACAAGUACAAGCACAAGCUGGUGAUCGCGAACAUACUGCAGACGCGCAAGAAUCGUGUCGUUUUCGUGACGCCCAGCACCAAUUACGAGAUCGUGCUGACGAAGGAUCAGGCCCUGUCCGGGCUCGAGAUCGAGGAACCGAUCGUGGCGGACGUAGUACGGCGACAUCAAGAUUACGUGCGGGAGACGGAGCAGCAGACACACCAAUGACCCACGCGUUCGACCCGACCCUCGCCCAACAGUGGGCCCGGGACGCAGGUCGACUGUCACGUUAUGUUACCGCAUUUCUGCAAAGUGUUAAACCCGGGCCGGAAGUAUUAGCUACGGAACCGAGUACUCAAUCGUCAGCUGUCGUAGUGUUCGGUCAGAUAGCUCAUUCGUCGUCGGGUGGGCAAACAAAAAUAGAUGAAAAAAUGUGAAACAACGUUAUGAAGGGGAUGUUUUUUUGUCUUCGUUAUCUUCAUUGGACGGUUCUUUUCGUGUUACCUAACUGUUAUUUGGUUGUAUCGAACAAUGUAUGUAAGUUUGUUCCGUUGGUAUAGAAUGUUAUAAAUUAUUAGGAAUAUUUUUGUUUUGGGUAGUUUUAUAAGUUUACGUAUAAACACAUUCCACGCUUUAGUGUAACGCCGUCAUUUUGAAUUAAUUCUAUUUACCUGUGUGAAAUGAUUGCAAUCUUUUCAUUAUUAUUACAAAACAAAAGGAUAAAGAAACAAGUGAAACACCAGAAGAAGUAACUCUUUUUUGAAGCCUUGAGGUGGGAAAAUAAAAUUUCCAACAUGUUCCUUAGCACAUGAGUAUCCUCUUUCAGGUCGGAAGCAAGCAAAUUCCUACAAAAAAUCAUGCAUCUCCUUGCAUGUUUCCUUGCACUUUUCUCGUGUAGACUGCACCAACAGUUCCUAGCUAAUAGUAUCCAGUAGAUCGCAGUUUCCUGUACGCGCAUGCUCUAUGUGGGACACAAUGCGUCGACGAACUUAAUGUGGCAAAUGUUAACCUCCGUUUUUUUGUUGAGUUCGUGUCUUGAUUGCUAUACAUUUGUACGACGUAGUAAUAAAAGGCCGUAGCAAUUGCCCCGAUGCUACGUAUCCAAGUUAACAAAACACUUAAAACACGAUUCUGAUCUGAUCCUGCUAUACGAAAAGGUGUGCGCAAAACAUAUGUAGAACCAAACCGCCGUAGUGAGGAGAUUAGUGAAAUGCUCCCCUGAACCAUUGAGCUUACAGCAAACCGGAGGUGUAUCGAAACGGACUAAAGGUUAAGGAGACUCAUUUUGGGGAACCUGCUUACGACCUGUUACGACAUGUUACAGCAGGAUUCUUAUAACAGUUUUACUGAAUGGUGGAGGAGGUGAGUAGAUACAUAAGUAGUAUAAAAUACUAAGCAAAACGAAACUGUGCUGCUCUUCUCAUUUCAAACCACCUGAAACAUGUGACAUGGUACCGUGGUAAAACGUAAACCGAACUAACCGUAGUGGGGUUGCUAACUACUAACUAUGGGAAAGUAAAAUAGGUGACCAUGUUUGGUGUAGAAGUAAGGAAAAGAUCCCUUUAAAGCAAGAAAGCAUAUUCGACGAUAUCAUUUUAUACACAGUGGUAGGAAUAAAUAUAUGUAUGGUGCCUCCUUUUAUAGUAUUACAAUGAAAUUGUAUCGGAACCAUUAAAAGAGAAAGACUCUUAAGGGAACAGGCUUUUGACAAUUUGUUAUUAUUUGUUCAGUGUAAUGACGAAAGCUAUCCAAAAUGAAGCCCAACAAUUUUAACUUUACUAUUAACAGAAAUAAAAACAUAGGAUCUUGCAAAACGUUCCGCAACGGGAAAAGUAAAAACACUGAUGUAUAACUAGAAUAUUUACUCCUUACGUUUACAUAUCACUCUAUUUUUUGCGAACGUGAAGAAACUGAUCUAUAAACCUAUAGAAAAAAGGACAAAACCUUUCUACAAAUUAUUCCAAUAGACUACAGAAAUGGGAAAACCAAACCAUUUACUGAUGCACGAAUCAACUCAACAGGCAAUUAAUUUUGGUUUGUCCAAUUGUCGUAGGAAGAGACAUACAUAUAUUCACAGCAGUAGCUAUGGAAAGACGAUUAGUAGCUUUACGUUAACCUGUUCUUGAAUGUUUUGUAAAUGUUUGCAUUUACCACAAUUAAUUUUAAAACAGUAUGCUUUAAAACAGCUGGCAAUCGAAGCUUGAUUGCUAAGUAAAGGUGUAGUUGUGUUAAGAACGUUAAUCAAAAUAAAAUAAGAACGUCCCCUUUUUGUUGAAAGUGUUGCAGUGUUGUAGUAAUUGUAAUAUGAGGCAAGUAGUUCAACGUAUAAACAAAUCUGAAGUAAAACAAAAAAUCGUUUCCUGUUAAUGCCAACACAUUUAAGAUGAGAGCAUAGAGAGAGAAAAAAAACGGUAAAUAAAUACUUAAAACAAACACACAUAUAAAAAGUAACCAUCGGUAGUUUAACUAAAGUAGUAAACAAGUGUUAUCAAAAGGCACGAAGAAGGUAGACAAAAAACGAGUAAUGAAAACGAACUAAAGUAAAGGAUAAAACAAGCAACUAAGUAAAACUAUGAACCUAUGAUAAAUCAAGUAACAGAGGAAGCAGGAGGAGGAAGCUAUGGUAGUAAAAUUAGAUACUCUGAAUCAAGAACGUCUGUCCUCGCGAUAAGUAGAUGAAGAACCACACCAUCAAACGUAGCGUGCUUGAACAACAACAAAAUGCGGUCCUAUACACCCGUAGCAUUCAACAAUGUAGCGCAUUUGCUUUAAAACAUUGCUGGCCGAUGGGCAGCCACAGUGGAUACCACGAAGUAUGGAAGGUUUAGAACAUAGCACAGGAUGAAUUGAAGAACUGUCUAGGGAUUGUACUCAUACCAUGAUAUGAUAGAUAUGAUUAAUAGUUUUGUUACGUGUUAAUGUUGCAUUUACUCUGUCGUUACGUUUUUCCUUUCGUUUCGUUGCGUUUCUUAUUACGUUAUACUUCCCUAGUUUCAGUAAGAUUUACCAUUUUUUUACCAUGAAUUGCGGGCAUAUGUUACUUAAACACUUUACAUUGGUGGCCAGUUGUUAAUGUAGCUGAAAACAUUUGUUUUUUUUUUUGCAUGAAGUGUCCCUCUUGAUCAUAAUAUGACACGAAAGGUACCAAGAAUGAGGAAUUAAAAGAAUGGAGCAGGUAUGUUAAUACGAAGAACUGAAGGAACCAGUUAUAUUUAGACAACCAGAUUAAAUGAUAUACACGUUUAGCGAUAACUUAUAUAUACACAAACACCCAAGUAUAUACAUGUGUAAUAACUACAGAUAUAUAAAAUGCGUAUACACAUAACCCUAUUACAGGCUAUAAUAAAUAAAAAAAAAUAACUGAACCCCCCUUAAAA